GUCGUCUUCAGGUAUCGUUGGAGGUAUUGUUGAGUGUCGCAUUCAGCUGACUGAUUCAUGCAUAGUCACGUCAUGGCCGUGAAGGCUUUCAACCAAAAGGGCUGCACUCAGUGGGCCUGCAUGGGGAGAGACAGCACAAGACGCACCAAGUGAUCGUCCGCGAGAGACAUGUCUGACUUGACACACAUACCCGGUCUAAUUCCUUCGCCUGGCCGCAUCAGCAAGGGCCUUCAGGUCAGCCUUCAAUGCUUUCUCUUCAUCGUCGAGCUCUUUGUCAAAAAAAUCGAAGUCGUAGUGAAUAUCUUUCUUCCAUUGCAAGGCAUUCGACCGCAUUACAAUGGCAGUGUAGGCUUUCGGGUUGGUGUUGCCGCCGUAUCUGUGGUAAUCCUUCGAGUGCUUAGCUCCGUUGGCUGCGAGAAGGGCUGCGACAUCUUUCAGCUCGAGCUGCAAUGCCUGCCCAGACGCACACACUUGUCAACAUGCGUGAGCAUUUUCUGUUUGCCUUUCGUCACCGCUAAAUCCAAAGGGGCUACAGCCAAGCCCCCUGCCUGAGUCUUGCAGACAUUGGGGUCUGCUCCGGCUUCCAACAGCAGCUCAACGAAUUUGAAUAUGCGGAGAGCAUCUCUAUCGUUCCGCACCAAGCGGUCAUCGGCGUGUUGGGAGGCUGCCUUGAUCAUCAAUACGCACCGAAGUGGUUCACCGCACGCCAUGUUUGGAUCCGCUCCAUCAUUCGAAAACCACUCCAGCCCUUUAUCAGUUAAAUUCCUGAGGCGGUCCUGUCCUAGCAUUUUGGCAUGCUCCAGCCCCUUGGUUUCUGUAAUCAGCUGACAGGUAAUGACCGCCAGGGUGAGGAUGAUGUUGGCAAUGGGGAGCAGCUGCAGCUGGUAAGUGGGAUAGAAGAGGAAGAAGAAGUUACACACCAGGCCCAGAAGGUCCUCACAGAUUAGGUUGAGAAGGCGAUUCAAUAUCGUCAUCUCAUAGGUCUUGGCAUCGAUUUUGGCUUCAAGCAUUGCGACAAGGCAAGGAUAAAGCAUGAGGCUUCCUGUCAAGGGGGAGAGAAGGUAGAGACGCCAGAGCCAUGUGGGGACCCUCUCGCUGGCCAUCGCGAUCGUGAACCAUGUGAUCCAGUCAGUCGUCGCAUCGACAAGCUCGGCAAUCAGGACGUGUAGGAGACCCAACCUGCUGUAGUCGACGAGAAUCUUGCCAAGGUGAUAAUUUGAAGCGUCGGGAAACAAACUCAAGGAUACCAGCACCACCGGCAACACAACGCCGAGGAGCCAGAACAAGACAGAAAACAGCCAAGAAAGCGGCGCAGGGAACCAAACAGCAAACACCGCACUGAUCGCUCCCAUACCACAGGAGGUAGCGAAGGAUUGUGGAAGCGCUUUCAUCAGAUGUGCGUUUCUUUGCACCCUGAGAGUGUCUGUCUCCUGCGCCAGCUGCUGCUGCGAGGCUUCGAAGCCCAUGGCCUCAUAGGCUGAGGCGACGGCAUUGAGGAGAUCCAGAAAGAGAUUGCAGAUGAGUGUCCCCAUAGUGCUGGCUCCUGGAUUGGUCCGCAGGAUAAUGACGACGUUGAUCAAGUCGAUGCUGUCAUUGCAGACCGAGAUGCUGCCCAAAAAAGUGGUCAUGCUCACCAGCCACUGAGGCGGCUCGGGUCGGUAGAAGCGGGGUAUCUCGGGUGCUUUGGUAGACGGCCCUCGAGGUGUAGAGGCCUGUGAUGGUACGCCAGGCUGAAUGAGGCGAGAGUGCACUGUGUGCUCGCCCAUUUCGAUGUCUCUCGAGGGCCGCUUCAUUCGCUUCACCUAAGACACCGCAUGACACCAAUUGCCCAGAGAGACGUGAUUGAUCUUGGCCGCAAUCAUACCAUAGUAGCGUUGACUUGCAGAUACUCCAGCCACCACCUGAGGACCAGCAGGGUGGUGGAGAUGAAGGCAGACGCGAGCAGGAGGGUCUUGCACUGAGGGGGCACGGUGUACUCGGACGGCUCGUCAAUCAGCAUCUCCAAGAAGGAGAACCAGUCAGUCACUGCAGACGUGUAAUGGGGGAGAAGAGCAUCACUCAUCGAGAAGGGAGAAUGGUCAGCCGUCUGCCCUUUUGCCUUACGCGCCGCGAAGGCUCCCAGGAGGAUGAGCAUCAUAUUCUCUCGGAGGAAGGUUUGCAGCGGGACUCGUCGGUUCCCUUCACUAUCUCUGGCAGUGGCCGAAGCCUCACUCGUGGCAACGGGGUCGGGUGCACUGGCCAUGUUCCUCACCAAAUUCUCGCGUCGUUCUGCGAUGAACUGACG